CCCCGUGUCUCUCUCUCUCUCUCUCUCCCCGUACGCACAAACUUCGCUUCUUUAAGAAGCUUCCCCUUUCCUUUCUCUCUUUCUCUCACACACACUUAGCUCGAAGCCCUAGGCCGGGAAGAGAUCCAAAGCCUCCAUUUUUCCAGUGUUUUUUGAGUUCCCGCGAUCAAUCCUCCCAAAUUCUAGCUUUUGGACUGAAGAUUUCGUCUUCUCAACCGUUCUCGGUGUUCGAUUUCGAACGGGGCGGUGGUAUUUUGGAGCAUAGUGGAGGAGCUGGAAGGAAGGGAGGAGCGAUGACAGCGAUCGCCCUGCAGUUGCUUCCCUUAGGGUUCCGGUUCCACCCGACCGACGAGGAGCUGGUCAAUCACUACUUGAAGCGGAAGAUCAGCGGCCGGAUCAAGUCCGAGGCGGAAGUCAUCCCCGAGAUCGAUGUCUGCAAAUGCGAGCCCUGGGACCUUCCUGAUAAAUCUAUUAUUAGAUCGGACGAUCCCGAGUGGUUUUUCUUCGCGCCGAAGGAUCGGAAGUACGCCAAUGGACACAGGUCCAACCGCGCGACCGAGGCCGGCUACUGGAAGGCCACGGGGAAAGACCGGGUCAUCCGGUCGAAGGCCGCGGCGGCGGGGCACAACGUCAUCGGCAUGAAGAAGACCCUCGUCUUCCACCAAGGAAGAGCGCCGAAGGGCAUCCGCACCAGCUGGAUCAUGCACGAGUACCGCACCACCGAGCCGGAGUUCGAGUCCGGUGUUCAGGGUGGUUAUGUUCUUUACCGGUUAUUUAAAAAGCCAGAAGAAAAGAGUCCAAACUCCAAAACUGAUGAAAUGGAGAGAAAUUGCAUCUCUCCAACCCCAGCCAAAUUGUCUCCAGAUGAAACACAGCACGAAGAAGAUGUUAUGGAGGAACUUGCAGCCCCAUUAAACCAAGAAUCUUCAGAAUCAGGUUUGCAAGAAGAACCUCAUUCCUUGGCUGAUUCGGUUGAACAGCAGCCAGCAGGUAUCCAGAGAUGGCUGGCCGAUAAAACCAAUGAUUCAACAAUUUACUCUGUAAAACCAGAUGAGAGCUCUUGCAACGUUGCUUCAGAUAAUCGUGAUGCACAAGCUGGAGUGCAUGCUGAUGCUCUGCAGGAUGUGUCGGCACAGCACCGUGAUCCACAGUAUGAGCAAAUAGAUUAUAAUGGCUUUCCAAACAUCAGUUCCCCAAUGCUGCCAUACACUGUCCACGGAUCCCAUAUGGGAUUUGUUUGUAAUGCUGAUCAGGACCCCUUAAAUGAGUUCUUGGAUGCAAUUUUAAGUAAUCAAGAUGAACAUUCUUCGGGGGCAUCUAAUGUUCAGAAAGAUUCAGUUCCUGAGACUCUGCCAAGACACAGCAUCUGGGAUUCAGCAUCAUGCAGGGAUAGCGGGACUAGCAGCGAUAUAGAUACUGAAGCAAUAUUGCCUCAGGAACUUCUAGGUCCAGAAGCUUCUAUGUGGUUUGAUGGAUCAUCUUUUCUGUCAGAUGAUCCAUUACAAAUGAAUUCAUUGUAUGAAUAUCCAGAAAUAGAACCCCAGUUGAGCACACUCUAUGAAAGUGCAGCUUUGCUCCCAUAUGAUAGCACUGGGCCAGAUGUGUACUCAGUGGGCUCCACUGCAGAAUCCUUGCAAGAUUUGUUUAAUAGCAUGGAGGAAUCAAGUAACCAGAAGAAUGUUGCAAAUAAUGGAGAUGGUUUUGGGGUGACUGGUAUCAAGUUCAGCACUCGUCAGCCACAGCAUCCAUCAAAUUCAAACAACAUAUUUGCACAGCAGGGCACUGCAGCAAGAAGGAUCCGUUUACAAGGUCUGACUCAAAAGUCAUCAUUUUUCAGUGCUGAUAGUGAAUCUAGCAGCAGCAAAGAUGAUCAUGAAGACAAAGAGGCAAUGAAAAAGGCUUCACAAGAUUCUUUUGAUACUUUUGAUAGCACCGAGGAAUCAUUGACCCAGAAGAAUACACCUAGCAUUGAAGAUGGUCUUGAGGGAACUGAAAUCAAGAUCAGGGCUCGGCAAGCACCACAUUCUCCAAGUUUGAACAAACUAUCAUCAAAACAGGGCAUAGCAGCUGGGACGAUUCUUUUGCAAGCUCAUCUUCAAGGGGAAACAUUUUCCUGCACGGUUGGUGAAUCAAGCAGCAGUAAAGAUGACCAUGAAGACAAAGAGUCAGCGGCAGAGGGAGGGGAGCAUGUGGAUGACAAUAUUGCUGAAUUUGGGGAGAUUUCUAAGCCUGCUUUACCAGACACGCACAAGCUUGAACAGUUAUCUGUUCAUGAUAAUACAUCACCUGAUUCAGAGUUGUAUCUGGAAUCUAAACCGAUGCUGAGGUUGAGAACAAAAUGGACUGAUGAUAAUACAAAUAUACCAGAAGGCCCUCCCUCGCGCGGUAGAUUACAGAGAACUGCUUCAGUUGUUUAUGUAAUCUGGUUGGUUCUCUCAGUAAUCCUUGUGCUGAUGUGUGUUGGGAUAUGGAGAUGCAUAAACUCUCAAUGCAUGUAGCUUCGGCUGAAGGUCUCUGUAUAAUUUUGCUUUCAUAGGGUCUCUUAGAUAUGCAACUUCUGACACGUAGUGGAUUUUCAGAUGCUUAAAGUACAUGCCGUAAAAUUUCCUGCUUGCUUGUUUAUGUGAGCUUAUCAAUUGUCUUCGAGUGUCUGCUGUAGCGGUGACUGGAUGGUGAGCCUUUACAGCUUGCUCUGGUUCCUUUAGCUUGAGUUUUCUGCCGUAUAUUGCUGAACUUGCCAUAAAGUCCAAGGAAUUAGUUAGCCCGU